UGAAAAUUUAGUAAAAAAAAAAAAAAAUCAUGGGAAGAGAAUCUUUCUACAAAGGACGAAAGAGGGGCCCAAAAGACAAAAACCACGGCGCCAAAGAAUAAUUUCAGUGUGCAAAAGUCAAAACAAACCUUCAUUCAUCAAUGGCAGAGACUGCGGCGGUUUUCGGCAUUUCCGGUUCAACACUUCCUUCACUCUCUCUUCGCCGUACAACCAUUUCCCGAUCCCAAACUCCCUCUAUCACUCGCUCCUUCCACGCCGAUCUUCCUUCUUUCCCUUACUUGACUCUUUCCAAUUCACAUUCUCAACUCUCUGUCGUCUCUCCAGAUUCCAAAACCACUUCAUUUGACCUAAGUGCUCCCGAUUUGGAUACUACCGGCGGAGGCGGUGAUAUCAAAGGAAACGGAGACGAUUUUAGCGGCGGCGGUGGAGAAGGAGGUGGUGACGAUAGUAGCAAAGGCGAGGAAGGAUCGGACGGUGGUGAGAAGAAGGAGAUGGGUUUGUCAAUGUCUCAGAAAUUAACUCUCGGUUAUGCUAUUCUCGUCGGAGUGGGCGGUGUAAUGGGAUAUCUCAAGACUGGCAGCCAGAAGUCACUAUUGGCCGGGGGCUUGUCUUCUGCACUGUUGUUUUAUGUUUUUUCCGAGCUACCCGGAAGACCUGUUCUUGCAUCAUCUGUGGGCCUUGGCAUAUCUGCUACACUUCUUGCGGUGAUGGGUUCUCGUUUCAAGAAAUCAGGGAAGGUCUUUCCGGCAGGCGUUGUGUCCCUUGUGUCACUCACUAUGACCGGCGGUUACUUGCACGGAAUCAUGCGUAGUUUACACUAGAAUGUAAAUAACAAAUGUGAGAUCUCCUGUAAACUUUGCUGAACACAAUCCCCUCUUGUUAUGAAACUUGGGAUCUCUGCUGUAAACUCAUGUUUUAUGUUUGUCAUAGAGAUAGACAUUUGUUGUGAAAUAAGGAUGGUGAAUGUGAACUUUGGUUUUGGUCACUGUUUACAGACGUUGAUCUUUUUUGUCCA